CGCCACCACUUGGCGGAAUCUAACGCUAACAGCCUUACGAGCUACCAAUGUCACUUUCCUCUUUGGUGCCUUCAUCUCUGUCCCGGAGUCUGACCCUAGCUGUCACCGUCGCCUUCGUUUUCGCUCUCGCUCGUUGUUCAACCAUGGUGCCAUGAUGGUUAAACCAUCGCUUCCAAGACAAAACCAAGACAAGCUCCACUCCAUUCAGAUCCUUCCAUGAUACCCUCGGGCUCCGACGACUGCUACUCAGCGCCAAUCCCGAACACGUCGUCCAACCACGAAAACAUGUUGUGAUGAAAGUGGGAAAAGGCUCCGACUUUGGCCUGCAGCGAGCCCUGUCCCCAACCUGUGGGAAUCCACACCUUCUUGUCCUUCCCCUCCUCGAGGCUCGUCAGCUCCCGCACGAUCCUAUACGUGCUCUCCUCCAACGACCAAUACAGCGUGUCCCUCGAACCGGUAAUCAGGGCCGGGCACUUGAUCCGAUCGAGGACACUCGGACCCCCUUCAGGCCCGCGCAGAUGAUAGCGAGCCAACUGCCGGUACACUUCGGCUGCCAGUUGAAGAUUCCGUCACCGAGGCUCUCAGGCCAUAGGAAACGAGGAGUACGGGACGCCAUCAUCUCCCCGAGGUCGUAAAACCCAUCCACCGAAACGACAGCGGACACGCGGGGGUCGGUUGCACCCCUGAGAGCAAAAUACCCACCCAUCGACGCGCCAACCAACGCGAUGCGGGACAGAUCCAGGUUGAGGUGCGGCUUGGCAACGGCUAAUUGGAAGAUGUGAUCGAGAACGGCUUUGAUUACAACCUCCCAGUCGGGGCGCAGCAGGAGCCGGUCAGUACCACGUCGUGCCACAACUCCUUGUCCUGGCCCUUCAAAAGUGACGCAAGCAUAGCCCCGUACACGAGCACCGUCAGCCAUGCCGAAGAAGAGCUCUUCCUGAAUUGAAUCAAAACCGCCGGUUGCCACCAGGAUUGGCAUCUUUUCCUCACGGUGACCUGCCCCUGUGCCUCCCGCUGGCAGGAACAGAUACCCCGGCAGCGUCGAGCCAUUGCCGAAGGGAAUCUCCAAUGUUUCAACAGGGCUAUUCAGUAACUUGCUGGCCUGUCGAAAAUUGUCGGAAGCCUUGACCAAGGAUGCGAGGAGUCGGGGAUCGCUGGGUUGCACAUGCAACAUGAACUCGCUGGCUCGCCGGUAGUUGCACGCCCGCAGGAAUGCCCAUCUUGCCCCAUGAUGAUCACCGUUCUUCAUGGCUUCCUCCGCCAUUACUUCGACUCUCUCUGCUGCCUGCGUCCACGCUCCAUACCAGCUUUCCGGGUCAUCUUGCUUGAUUGACUCCGUCGCCUCUCCCCACUCGCUUACGUCGCAGCCGUGGAAGGGUGCCGUUCCGAGAAUCCGAAGUAGCUCAAAGCGAAAGAAUUCGGUGAAUUGGGGUGCCAAACUUUUCAUUAUGCACGGGUUUCCGCUAUUGGUGAUUUUCUCAAAGGUGGUGUGGUUUGGGAGCCUGGGGGCUUCUAAUCCACUCAACAACCAAGCCAACGCCUCUUAAAUGCUCGAGAUCCAACGGCAGAAAUGCCUAGGUUACCAAAGUCCCGAAGGAGCGACGGGACUGCGGCAUGCCAUCGAGCGGUACUCGAUGUAUACAGUAGACCCAUACACCUCAGCCCUAGUUACCAUGGAUGACAGAGAUGCCUGUCAUCACUUUCGUUUCUGCACCACUGAGGCGAACUCGCCGUUGAGGUUCUGACACGAUGUCACGAAAGGCGGCAUCUCCUUCCCGAACAGGAAUUUUGCCUAGGUGGCUAGGCACUCACACUGAGUGACUGAUGAAUUCCAGAUGCAAGCAUCAGUAUACAUCUACGAGGAACAUAAUGUUGCACGCGUUCUUAGGCCGUCCACCAUCAGCCAGAAUCCACGGAGUGAUCAAAGCUUCCGAGGCUAUCGAGCAGGACAGAACGACCUACCUACAUGCACACCUAGUGGCCUAUGCCUGUGUUCAGUAUGGCUUCACAAAUUCCUGAGCCCAUUGCCAUUAUUGGAUCGGGUUGCCGAUUCCCUGGUGGUGCUUCCUCCCCUUCACGACUGUGGGAUCUCUUGUCCAACCCCCGUGACAUCUCAGCCCAGAUUCCAGAAUCAAGGUUCAAUCUCUCUGGAUUUUAUCAUCAGGAUUCGCGGCAUCAUGGCACUACGAAUACACAAAAGGCAUAUUUUCUCGAAGAAGAUUCCCGGCUGUUUGACAAUGGCUUCUUCGGUAUACGCAGGGAAGAAGCUGAGUCCAUGGACCCGCAGCAGCGGAUCCUACUCGAGGUCGUGUACGAAUCUCUCGAAGCUGCUGGAUAUCCAAUAUCACAACUGAAAGGGUCUUCGACUGGUGUUUACGUUGGUCAACUAAACGGCGACUACUACGAUGUUGUUCUCCGCAAUGUCGACAGUGCUCCUCAGUACACAGCCACUGGAACGGCCAGGAGCAUCAUGUCUAAUCGUGUCUCAUACUUCUUUGACUGGAACGGGCCAUCCGUCACCAUCGAUACAGCCUGCUCUUCCAGCCUUGUUGCAUUGCAUCUCGCCGUUCAAGCGUUGCGCGUUGGCGAGUCCAAAAUUGCCGUUGCGGCAGGCGUGAAUUUGCUGCUUGGGCCCGAGCAAUUCAUCUUUGAGUCCAAUCUCGGCAUGCUAUCUCCCAACGGACGUUGCGCAAUGUGGGAUGCGAAUGCCGACGGAUAUGCAAGAGGAGAUGGGGUUGCAGCUGUCCUGUUGAAACCCCUGUCUGCAGCACUCAGAGACGGGGAUCAUAUCGAAUGCAUUAUACGGCAAACCGGUGUCAAUCAAGACGGCCGAACCACCGGUAUUACUAUGCCCAGUGCUACCUCACAGGCCGAUCUUAUCCGAUCCACCUACGCUGCGUGUGGUUUGAAUGUUCUUUCCCCUCAGGAUCGGUGCCAGUACUUUGAAGCCCAUGGUACGGGCACGCCGGCUGGAGACCCCAUUGAAGCUCGUGCAGUCCAGACUGCUUUCUUCCCGGAUGACUCGACAGCCACUGGUAAACUGCUUGUGGGCUCUAUCAAGACUGUUGUUGGUCAUACUGAAGGCACAGCUGGGCUUGCUGGGUUACUGAAAGCAUCUCUGUCCAUGCAACAUGGGAUCAUUCCACCAAACCUCCAUUUCAGUCAUCUUUCUCCUGCAGUUGAACCGUUCUUUCAACACUUGGAAAUACCCACCACACCGCAAAAAUGGCCAGAUCUUCCACCGGGUGUUCCGCGCCGUGCCAGUAUCAAUAGUUUUGGCUUUGGAGGUACCAAUUGUCAUGUCAUUGUUGAGAGCUGGGAAAAGGAGAAUGUAAAUGGCGAGGCAUGCGGUCCUCUGCUUCUCUCCGCGAACUCACCUCAGUCUCUCAUGGAAACAGCAGCAAGGCUCCUGCCAGUCCUGAAAGAUGGCCUUGGACAACACCACGGUGACCUCGGCCACCUGUUAUGGACCCUGCAGAAUAGACGGUCAGAACUGCCUUUCAAGCUGGCCUUCUCCGGCCGAACGCAAGUCACCCUGACGCAACAAGUUGGUGCCUGGCUGCAGUCCACGAAGGGUUCCAAGUCUCUUGACCUUCCGCGGAGCAAAUCUAUUGUCGUCACCGGCCAGCCUCUCCCAAUUUUAGGAGUUUUCACGGGACAGGGAGCACAGUGGGCGACCAUGUCAACCGGUUUGCUCGAAUCGAGCCACUUGUUUCGAGAAACUAUACAGAAGUUGGAGCAUGCUUUAGGCACUGUGCCGGAGAAUCCUCCUUCAUGGUCGCUCGAAGUCGAGUUGAGGGCGGCAUCAGACAAGAGUCGGUUGCAAGAGGCCUCGAUCUCACAACCACUCUGCACAGCAGUACAGAUUGGUCUUGUCAACCUCCUUCAAAGUGCAGGUAUUACUUUUGAACGAGUUGCCGGUCAUUCAUCUGGAGAAAUCGCUGCUGCCUACGCUGCGGGUUAUCUGACCGCUACCGAAGCCAUUCGCAUCGCCUAUUACCGCGGCAUGGCUUGUUCCCGGAUCAACGAGAAGGCAAAGAAAGGUGGCAUGUUGGCUGCCGACAUGACUGUUGACGAUGCCAAGAUGUUUUGUGGUCGCCCGCAAUUCGCUGGCAGACUUUGUGUUGCUGCCUGCAACUCAGCAACCAGUGUCACCCUGUCUGGUGACCUUGAUGCUGUUGAUGAGGCGCUGAACAUGCUGUCGAAUGAACAGGGGAUCUUUGCGAGAGGUCUUCGCGUCGACACUGCGUAUCAUUCUCAUCAUAUGAAGCAGUUUGUUCCUGAUUACCGGAGAUUCUUGGUCAGUUGCGAUAUCAAGCCGACAGCGAAAACGAGCAGCACAAUCUGGUAUUCGAGCGUUUAUCCAGAGUCUCCCGUGGACGUCAGUUCCCUGUCCUCCCAAUAUUGGAUCGACAAUAUGGUGAACCCGGUGCUAUUCUCCCAAGCCCUGGAGAAGGCCACCGAGGGAAUGGCGUCUGACAGGAUUAUGGCUGUAGAAGUUGGACCACAUCCUGCCCUGAAGCGACCGACUCAAGACACAAUCACCAGCAUGGGUGUCCAAUUGACUCAUGUCGGGACACUAAAGAGGGGUUCAGACGAUUUGGAAGCAAUACAGGAGACGCUGGGAUCUAUAUGGACACAAUUCAGCUCAAGUUCUCCCCAAGGAAUUCAAAGCGCCAGGCCUGUGGUUGACUUUGAGGGGUUCACCAAGGCUUGUCUUGGACCAGAGAAGUGGUCUAAACAGAAUUACCAGGUGUGCAAGGAUUUGCCCCAUUAUUCUUGGGACCAUGACAAGCCCCUUUGGAGAGAAUCCAGGGCGUCGAAGAGUUUCCGCACCCGAAAUACGCGUCCUCAUCCUCUCUUGGGGACCCGUCUCGAAGACAGUGACCCGAAAGAGAGACGCUGGCGUAACAUACUGAAGCUUGAUGAGCUUGAGUGGCUCAGUGGCCACAAGUUUCAAGGUCAGGUACUUCUCCCUGCUCAAGGCUAUGUGUCCAUGGCGUUGGAUGCCGGAAUCACGUUGGUUGGUGACAAAAAGUCAAUCGUACUGGUGGAGUUGGAGGACCUCAGCAUCCACCGUGCUAUCACUCUGGAAGAUCACGAUUCUACGGCUACUGAGGUCUUCUCAACUUUGCGAGUCGAUGGAGAUAUUCAUGACACUGGCAAUCAACAAGACCAAAUCUUGGCUGAGUUCUCGUGCAGUAGCGCACUUGCCAAUGCCCAAGCCGAGGUUGGCAUUGACGACUCCCGCCGGAAUUUCGCCUGCCGAGUUGUUCUCACGAUUGAUCGCUCAAGAUCCGAGCAUGGCCCAGAAAAGGCUGUAUUGCCUCGGAGAGAGCUUCAACUGACCGACCUAGAUGCCGUCGACAUAGAUCUCUUUUACAAAUCCUUGCGUUCGACCGGACUUCAAUACUCUGGCGACUUCCUAGCCCAGGAGGUCCAGCGAACAAAAGGGUAUUCCUGUGUCAAACUUGGUCGACCUGUCGAGUGUGAGGAUCAGAUGCUUUUGCACCCUGCAAUUCUGGAUGUCGCUUCUCAUGGUCUCCUGGCUGCUCUUUCGGCCCAGAACGGAAUGUUGCCAAAGACCUACCUCCCGCGGUCCAUUGAUCUCGUCCGUGUUGAUCUAGCUCGUUUGUUGGAGAAAAAGUACAGCAAGGAUUAUCUAUCUGCGGAUUGCUUCAUCCGGAAGGUGUCCUCGAAUGAAAUCUCCUGCGACGUGGAGGUGUUCGGCUCCGAGGAUAAUUAUCCGGAGAUUCAGAUGGAAGGUCUCUGCUGUGCACCAUUCGGCUCGUUCAACGCCCAGGAUGACCGGAAAAUCUUCUCAGAGACCACAUGGAUGCGAGAUAUCAUGGCGGGGAUUGACAGUGAUGCCGUCGAUGAUGACAUGGAGUUAUACAAGACUACAACAGACAUAGUCAACCGCGCGGCGUACUUUUAUCUUCGUCGACUCCGAGAGGGUGUGCCCUUAGAGUCUGUGUCUCAAGCACACCCGCAUCUGAUUGACUACUGGAAUUGGGCAGUCAACCACGUCUUGGCUCGUGUCGAAGCUAGUUACCAUCCACGAGUGUCGAAAGACUGGGCUGAAGAUAACCCGCGGAUGAUGACAGAGUGGUCCGAGAAGUACCCAAGCCUAGUGGAUCUGACCACGAUCAUCCGUCUUGGUGAGGCACUUCCCGACAUACUUGCUGGUCACGUGCACUCCCUACAGCUCCUUCUCCAAGAGAAUCUCUUGACAGAUUAUUACCAGCGUAGUCUGGGCUUGAAGCAAUCCAACAGACGAAUCGCCAAAGCAGCCGCCCAAAUUGUCCACCGCUAUCCCCACCUUCGCUUCCUCGAAAUCGGUGCCGGGACAGGGAGCGCCACCAAUGCCAUCCUAUCGAGCAUCUCAGACAAGUUUUCGUCGUAUACUUUCACCGACAUCUCCUCCGGCUUCUUCGAACAAGCCCAGGAGCGUUUUGUUGAAGGUCAUCCUUCAAGAAACAUGAUUUUCCGCACUCUGGAUAUUGGCCGCGAUCCAGUCAAGGAGCAAGGCUUCGAGGAGGGUGCCUACGACGUCAUCGUUGCUUCCAACGUUUUGCACGCUACACCGAAGCUGACCGAAACGCUCAAGAACUGCCGCACGCUUCUCCGUCCCGGGGGCUACCUGCUCCUGUUGGAGAACACCGCAGCCGGUGACGCGUUACACACCGAGUUCAUUUUUGGCACCCUCUCAGGCUGGUGGCUUGGCGCUGAUGAUGCACGGCCUUUUUCGCCGUUGAUCAGUGAGGCGAGAUGGCAUGAUGUCUUGCUGCAGAGUGGGUUCUCUGGUGUUGAUGUUGUUGCGAGGGAUUUGGAAGAUGAUCCCAAGUAUUACACCUAUUCGGUGAUGGUCAGUCAAGCGGUUGAUGAAAGGGUGUUGUUUUUGAGGGAGCCGCUUUGGUCAGACGUUGGCGGGGCAACGCUCAGGGGUUCCCUGAAAGAGGUCCUCAUCCUUGGCAACGGGGCUGACUUGGCCGUGACAAAAGUUGCGAACCAUCUUCGGAGAGCGCUUUUGACUGCGGGAGCUGCGAAGACUGUUGCUGUAUGCUCAGAGGGGUUGAAAAGUUUCAGCGACGGGUUUCCAAAGGAUACAGCGGUUAUUUGCCUAACGGAGCUGGUGGAACCUGUGUUUGCGAAGAGCGAAAUCAGCAACGAGAUCUUCUUGGGCCUGCAGAAUGUUCUCUGCAAGGCGACGCAUGUCUUGUGGGUGACGAGUGGUGCGUAUGAUGGGCGGCAACCUCAUGCGCAGAUGGUGCUGGGGAUUGCGAGGUCGGUGAUGUUGGAGUUUCCGGAUCGGCCGUUGCAGUUUGUUGAUUCGGGGUGGGAAGCUGGGAGCAACUCGGUGGCGUUUGCACAGUGGGUUGCUUCGGCUUUUAUGCGAAUGGUGUUUCUUGGGGGCGGGGAGGGUCAACAAAAGGAUGUACUGUGGAGUAAGGAGACGGAGUUUCGGGUUGGUCAAGAUGGGAUGGAAAUGCUGCCGAGGAUCAAGCUGAGUCAGGAGAGGAAUGAUCGGCUCAACUCGGAAAGGAGGGCCAUUGGGAUUGAAACGAACCAGUCCUCGCCGAGUGUGCCAUUGUCACUGGUGCCCGCACUCGAUGGCAGCGGAUCAUUUGCGCUGCAUCAACGACCUGAGCUGUUGUCUGGCCAGAUUCCAGAGGAAAAGGUGUUGCUUACUGUGGAGUACUCUACACUCUGCGCCUUUCGAACUCAAGAGUCGCCGGAGCCAGUCUACAUUUGUCUUGGCCGUGUAAAAAGCUGUGGACAAUGGUUUUUUGCAUUGUCACGGUUCAAUAAUUCUGUCAUCGAAGUGGACAACUCGCACAUGGCUGUCCCCAAAAUUCUCGACGAUGAUAUGGCAUGUCACGCAGCAGGCCUGCUAACAGAUGUAGUGAGGCAGCUUCUUAUCAAGGCUAUACUCUCUCACACGACUCCGGGGCACUGCGUCUGGGUUCACGAGGCAACUGAGGAUUUCGUUUCACAAAUCUGGGAAGAGGCAAGAAGGCAACAGGUUGACCUGUUCUGCAGCACUACAAAUCCAGAAUUGGAGGAUGCAUAUGGAUACACCUUCAUCCAUUCCCAGUCCACAAGGCGAAGGCUGCAACGUGUGACGCCGACGAACGGCGUUUCUGUUUAUGUCAACUUUGGAGAUCAAAACAGUGCAAUCUCAAAACAGAUCUGGAGUGCGAUCGACAAGUCUGCCAGGAUAUUUAAGGUACCUGCACGUCAAGAAAAUGGCUGGGUUGUGGAUCUUGCCUUUUCUAUGGGGUCGUUCGGUGAUGCUAUUGCAAAGCUCAAGUUGAGAAGUACAGAGGACGAUGAGUCAACGAGACUCGGAUCGCGGCUGGUACCUGCCGAGCUAUUGGCAGCUGGUUCCCACACCGCCAACCCAACCACUAUUGUCGACUGGACCAAUAUCCAUUCCUCCAGUGAAAUAGCUGUUCAAUCGUUCGUUCGCCCUCUCCAAGGCUCAUACCUGCUCUCUUCCGAUAAAACCUACUUCCUGGCUGGUCUCACAGGAUCGGUUGGCCUUUCACUCUGCAACUGGAUGGCUGAUCAUGGGGCGCGGUACUUCAUCUUAGCCAGCCGCAACCCAUCGGUUGAAUGCACCGAAGUUGAAAAGCUGGCUCACAAGGGCGCCAAAUUGCAGGUAUUACCACUGGAUCUGUCAAACCGCAACAGCGUCCUAAACGCCGUUGCGGGAGUAUCCGACAUGGAGCCUGAAAUGCCACCGGUUGGAGGCGUGGUCAAUGGUGCCAUGAUUCUUCGCGACCGAGCGUUCGAAAACCUGACGCUGGAAGAUCUGAACGCGGUUCUCCGGCCCAAGGUGCAGGGCUCAAUCAACCUCGAAGCUGCCUUUGGCUCCUCAGACAACUUGGACUUCUUCGUUUUCCUGUCAUCGGCAUCCAGUGUGGUUGGUGUUCCCGGGUUGGCCAACUACAACGCAGCAAACCUGUUUAUGACAGGCCUCGCGCAGCAAAGAAGAAAACGCGGUGUUCCGGCCAGUGUCAUUGACAUUGGUGUCUUGUCUGACGUGGGGUAUCUGACAAAGUCAUCCAACGCCUUUGAGGCCGUUGAGCUGGCCAGCAAACACAACACCCAGCCUUUGUCUGAGGCUGACUUGCACGUCAUGUUUGCCGAGGCAAUCUUUGCGGGCGGCAGGAACUUUGAUAAGGAGGCUGAUCUCCUUACUGGCCUUGGGCUUUGGGAUUUGUCGGAUCCAGAUCAGUCGCGCCGGCCAAGCUGGUUCAACCUUCCUCGCAUGUCGCACUUUCUUGUGGAAGGCAGUGUCGCUUCACAAAAGGGGCAAGCAGGGACUGACGCGGAUUCAUCGGUUGAGCAGGUCAGCUUGAUGGAAAGUAUUACGUCUGCCCCUUCUGGCACUGCGUUGGCUGUGCUGGAAUCAGCGAUGGGAAGAAAGUUGCAACACACGCUUCAGAUUCCACUUGAGCAAAAGAUCGAUCCACUCGCACCGCUCUUGUCACUUGGACUGGACUCAUUGGUGGCUAUUCAGCUUCGCACAUGGAUCUCCAAAGAACUUGGUGUCAAUCUGCCUGCACUCAAGAUUCUGGACAGCCCGUCCGUUCGAGAGCUGGGUGCCGAGAUAUUACGGCACAUGAACAUUGGCUCAUCCCCGGUUGAGCCAACAUUUGCUCCUUCAACUGAAGUGAGCAACACUGGAACAGCCACACCAGCUGAGAGUACGAAUCAUGGCGAUGACAGUGUCUCUGAGCAUGAUAUUUUUCGUGUUGGCUCUACAUCUCAUGGUCAAGAUCGCCUGCUCUUCCUUGACAACUUUCUGCAAGACAAGUCCACCCAUAACUGUGUCAUUGCGGGCAAGUUCACUGGUAGUUUGGACCUCGCGAGGCUGGAGAGAACUAUCAAGGCAGUUACUGCAAGACAUGAAGCUCUUCGAAGCUCGUUCUUCUUUGACUCAGCAAGCGGGCGGCAGGCCGUUCAUGGUGCGGGCAGACUUUCUUUGGAAGUCUUGGAAGGGAGCCAACACGACUUUAAUACACAGCUCACAGCCGUCAAGAACCAUCAGUUUGAUGUUGGGCAUGGCGAGGUUAUGCGUACCAUUGUGGUCCGACACACGAUGACGGAAGGUUGGAUCAUUGUCGCCUACCAUCACCUCAUUAUGGACGGCGCAAGCCUUGUUCAGUUCUUGUAUGAGCUCCAACUAGGGUAUUCGGAUCCACAAGCCCUGACACUCCUGCCAUCGCCAGUCCAGGCGAUUGAUCUUUCUGAACGCCAACUUCAACUAUGUGCCGACCCUGACAAGUUUGAGCGCGACUUGAAAUAUUGGCAAGGGAUCUACCAGAUCACACCUUCAGUGCUCCCUCUCUUCCCCUUCGCCAAGUUAAGACACCGCAAGCAGCUUGGCGGCCCUCAAGACCCGCCCUUUGGAUCUCACACGUUCGAGGUGAAACUCGAUUCCAAAUUCGCCAAAGCUAUUAAGGCAAAGUGCACCCAAGCACGAGUUACCAAGUUCCACUUUUGUCUUGCAGCAUUGGCAGCUUUUCUAUCCAGAUGGCUUGACGUGUCAGACUUGGUUAUUGGAGUAAUGGAUUCUAAUCGUCCAGAGGGUGAUGAGUUCCAGCAUACGAUUGGGUACUUUCUCAACUCGCUCGCCCUGCGUUUCUCGCUUUCUCCAAAUGCUUCGUUCGAUGAUUUGCUGUUGUCGACCAAGGAGGCAAUGCUUUCUGCUCUGGAGCACUCUACUCUUCCGUUUGACGCUCUUGUCACGAAGUUGUACAUUCCGAGAAGUGGUGACCGUCACCCGCUGUUCCAGGUAGCGAUCAACUACCGUCUUGGUCAUGGGUCGUCGAGGUCUAACUGGGGAGGGGGCUGUGAGGUUGAGUGGACUGACAUGAUUGUGGCAAGGAAUCCGUUCGACUUGCACCUGGACGUGACAGAUAUUGGGGAUGGGGGGGUUUGGAUUGGGUUUGGAGUACAGAAGUACCUGUACUCGGAGUUUGAUGCUGAGGUGCUGGGGCGGUCGUUUGUGACGUUGUUGGAGGGGUUGGUUUAUCGAAUGGAUGGCGCAGUAAGCCCUGCGUUGCAGGAGCUUCGCCUUGCUGACGAGGAGUGUGCCAGGCGGGGUGUUAUGGCUGGAACUGGACCUGACAUGGCGAUCAACGAGGAUGUUACCGUCAUUCAUCGAGUAUUCCGGAUGGCGGCGAAAUACCCUGAGAAUAUCGCCAUCAAGGAUAAAACGGCAUCUAUCACAUAUCAGCAGUUAAUAGUGAGGGUCGGUGUGAUCAGAACCGCACUGGCGCAGCAGGUUGUUGGGAAAGGAAGGACUGUCGCAGUUUACGCCACCGGUAUGGGGGACAUACUGUGCGCAAUGCUGGCAAUCAUGGCGGCGGGUUGCGUUUAUGUGCCCCUUGAACGACGUAACUCUCUCGAGCGGCUGGCGCUGAUGCUCGAGGAUUGCGAGCCUCAUAUUUUGCUGUGCAAGGGGGAAGAGGACCUGGCUACUCUUCAGGACUUUAUUGGGUCAAGCGUUCCAAUCGUUGAUAUCGACUCAGUCAAAGCCAACAAUCACAACCACGACCAGGAUGAACUCCCUCUCAACAUUGCAAGUGACAGCCCGGCCUGCAUCAUCUUCACCAGCGGCUCCACCGGCCGUCCGAAAGGCGUGAUCAUGUCACACACAAAUAUUCUCAACCAAGUCCUUGCUGUAAAGUCAUUGCAUGACAUCAAAAGGGAGACGGUUCUGCAGCAAAGCUCACUUGGGUUCGACUGCUCCCUGGAGCAGAUCUUUGGUGGACUGGCACAUGGAGGAACGGUGGUCAUGGUACCAGACAGUGUCCGAGGAGACCCAGCUUCUAUUGCAAAGAUCAUGGCCCACGAAGGUGUCACCUACACCGUUGGCGUUCCGUCCGAAUAUGCUGCCCUGAUCCGCUUUGGCGGGGAGGGUUUGAGAAAGUGCACGAGCUGGAAGUUGGCCGUGAGUGGUGGGGAAAAGCUGACGCGGAAUCACCUGGACGCGUUUGCCUUUUUGGGACUGACAGAUCUGAGAUUGGUAAAUGCAUAUGGACCGGCAGAGGGGACCGUUUCGUGCACCAGGACGUUUGUCGACUAUCGCCGCAAGGAUCGGGAUGAAGACCCCGAUGUUGGGACUGCUAUACCGAACUAUACCGUCGUCAUCGUCAAUGACAAGCUUGAGCCAGUUCCAGAGGGAUUCCCAGGCGAGAUAUUCAUUGGAGGAGUUGGUGUUGCAGCAGGCGGAUAUGUCACCAGGCCGGAUGAACCAGUGGCUAGAUUCAUCAUCGACCCUCCGUUUGCCUUGAAAUUUAGCAUGAGGGACACAAGAUUCUACCGCACGGGAGAUCUGGGUCGGUUCUUGCCCGAUGGAUCACUUCAAUGCCUUGGUCGUAUUGAGGGCGAUGCGCAGGUCCAGAUCAGGGGUGUCAGGGUUGAACUGGACGAGGUGGCAGCUGUGAUUGUCAAGACGGCUGGGGCAGAGAAUGUGAGCCAAGCUGCUGUGUCCUUGCGAGAAGGGGACCUGUUGGUUGCCUUUGUUGUUCUCAACAAAAACGACAAGGACUUUGACCUGCAGGACAUGAUCGCUCGACUUCCUUUGCCGCCGUACAUGUGCCCCUCUUUUGCGGUGCCGAUUGAGAAGCUGCCUUUGACGCCGAACGGGAAGCUGGAUCGUCGCGCCUUGGACACGCUGCCACUUCCAGAAAUCGGUGAUGACGGCGAAACCGGUGUGGCAGAGUCUCUAACCGAGACAGAGUCGCGAAUUCGGGAGAUCUGGUUGGAGGUGCUGCCAACGGCUCAUGCGCCAGUCACGGGGAAGGAAGCCGACUUCUUUAGGGUGGGAGGCAAUUCGCUGCUUCUCAUCCAACUGCAGGCAUCGCUGAAGAGGAAGUUUGGUCUGGAGAAUACCACCUCGUUGCCGAGCCUCUUCAGGGCAAGUUCACUAGGGGCCAUGGCAUCGCUUGUCCAGACGGCUACUACCGGUCUGAAGGAUCCAGCGCGAGAUGUGGUGACUGUUGUUGAUUGGGACAAGGAGAUAUCACUUCUUGUGGAAGGCUUCUUGGAGGAGGACCUGCCCUUGGAGACAGCUGCUGCGGAAGAGCGCGUUUCUGAAGGGCACGGUCUGGAAGUCAUCCUCACAGGUGCAACGGGGUUCCUUGGGCAACACCUGCUCGAACACCUCAUCUCUUCCGAUCAGGUCAAGACCGUGCACUGCGUCGCGGUCCGGUCCGGUACCGACAGCUCUUCGGGCCGGAUCCAUCGUCACCCCAAAGUCAAAGAAUAUCCCGGCGACCUCACCUCGCCCUUGCUAGGCCUUUCCAUACACCUGUUCCAGACAUUGGCAUCAAGAGCAGACGUCAUGAUACACAAUGGCGCAGACACUAGCUUCCUCAAGACGUACGACUCACUCAAGCCGGCCAAUGUUCUGUCUACAAGAACGCUCGCACGAUUCGCGGUGCUUGCCGGUCAACUCCAGGCAGGAAAGAAGGUGCCAGUGCACUUCAUCUCCACUGCCUCUGUUGCUGCCUUUGCCCAGAAGCAACACGGCGGAAAAUCUCUUUCCCCUGGCUCACUUGCGCGUUUCCCGCCAUGCGAGUCCGACGCAGCAGUCAAAGAAGGUUACGCGGCAUCAAAGUGGAUUGGAGAGGUCAUGCUUGAACGCUUGGCUGGAAAGGGAGUCACAGUCGUGAUACACAGGCCAGUGUCACUAUACACGGCAGAGGAUGGAAAAGGGGAGGCCGUGAAGGUCGCACCAGAUGUUGUGGGGACCCUAUUGCGGUUCAGCUCCAAGAUGGGUGCUGUACCCCACAUACCCGGGCUGGAGGUGGAAGGGAAUGUGGACAUGGCUGAGGUGGGGAGGGUAGCUGGUGAUGUUGUUGCUGCGGCUUUGGCGGUGGAUCAAGCAGGGAAGAGCAAGGUGUCGUAUGUUCAUCAUGUGGGAGGGGAUGACGAGGAGAAGAUCGAGGGCACGGCCGAGGGGUUGGCGGGGUACUUGGCCCGGCGGACAGGAAGGAAGAUUGAGGUUUGGACGAUGGGCAGGUGGCUUGAGGAGGCGAGGGUUAGGGGGUUGGGGGAUGUGAUUGCGGGCUAUUUUGAAGAGGGUUGGGGAGAGGGGAGGAGGACGCUGGUGUUGCCUUGUUUGGUGACUGAGUAGACUGCGAGGAAGACCGACGGGAUAGCUGUAGUUUUGGAUAGACUGUAGGGAUCGAUGAUACAAAUUGACUUUCUUUCGUUGGAUACCAACAA